AUGAACCGAUAUGCCAAUUCUACAACUGUUACGGAAUUCUUCCUUCUUGGAUUUCCAGGAGUUCUUCCAGAAUAUUAUGCAGCAGUUGGAACUCUUCUUCUUUUCAUUUUUGUCAUACUUACAGUGGGCAAUGUUUUUACUAUUGCAUUUGUGUCUUAUGAAAAAAGCCUUCAAAAACCAAGCUAUCUUAUCUUCUGUAAUCUUGCUGCAGUGGAUGUUGCUUUUGGAACAACCACAAUGCCCAAAAUCAUUGCAAAGUACCUGCUUAAAGAUGAAACCAUAGCUUUCCAUUCUUGCUUCAUACAAAUGUUUUUUGUCCAUUAUUUAGGGAAUGUCACAUCUUUCCUUUUGUUAAUAAUGGCUAUUGAUCGAUUUAUCGCAGUAUGUAACCCUCUCAGAUAUUCUACUCUUGUUACAAACCAUUCCAUGGCAAUUGUAUGUGUAGUGUGUUGGGUGAUUCCAGUCUCAUGGUUUGUACUGAUACUUGUGCAGACUGCAGCUGUUCCCUACUGUGACUCCAAUGUGAUAACCCAGUGCUUUUGUGACCAAAUCUCAAUAAGUAAAUUGGCCUGUGGUGAUUUAAGGUCUUUAAUUUUGUUUUGCUUCUCUAUGGCUAUGUUUGUUCUGUUGGGCCCCCUUUCUUUUAUCAUAUUCUCUUACAUAGCAAUCAUCAUAACUGUCUUAAAAAUGUCUAACGUUCAAGCAAGGUACAAAACAUUCUCUACAUGUAGCCCUCAACUUCUUAUCAUAUGCCUUUACUAUCUGCCCAGAUGUGCUGUCUAUGCUAAUGACAUAAAAGGUCAAAUGAGUGUUAGUACUCGCAUUAUGCUCAUUAUGUGGUAUAGUCUGCUUCCCCCGUUGGUCAAUCCAAUUAUAUUUUGCUUCAGAACUAAAGAAAUACGAGAAAUGUUAAUGAUGAAAAUAAGAAAAAAGAAUGUCAAAGGUAAGCAGGAAGCUUCUUUAGGAGGAAAGAUGAGGUAG